AUGGCAAGCGUCGGCGAACCUUUGGCGUCCUGUUGGCUCCAUGCUACGCCGCAUUCGACCGUUGAGUCUUUUUCGCGAAAAUAUCUCCUCCGCGGUUCAGUUAGUUCCCGCCACUCGGGGGGACAGCCUGACUGGGCCGGCCACGCGACGGCCCUCCACCGUCGCCCGCAGGUCACGGACGCGCCCACCGCGACCAUGCCCAGCCCGAGGAACGGCGGGUACUCCCCCGUCGGCCGCGAUGGCAUGGACGAGCUCACUGAACAGCACAAUGCGAAUGCGGGAAAGGAAAACGCACAAAACGCGCCCGGCGGAAGUGGGUUCAACACCGCUCGGUUCAAAGCCAUGGUUCGCGCGUCUUACGCCGCAAAGACCGGAGGUAAGAAACUGCUGAGCGAGCGCGCCGUGAACGAGAACUCCAGCGCCGCGAACGUCGCCCUGCCCAAGGGCCCGCUCCCGGAUGUCAAGCCGGUCAGUUACAAAAAGAAAAUCGCCAGGAUGCUGAGCCGCGACGGGUGCACCGAGGGCGACCGCAAGCGCAAGGCGGAGCUCGCCCGGACGCUCGCGAAGGAGGAGGGAAAGCGGGCGGAGUCCAACGGGGAGCCCUGCGGCGGCGGCGGCGGCGGCGGGGGUUUCGCCGACGUCGUGACGAGCAUGUUCGAACGAAAGGUGCGCUUCGACGUGGAGAGCCAGCAGCACACGCCCUGUAAGACGUCGUCGAGACCCGCCGCCCCGCCGCAGACGCCGGGGACGCCCGGAGUGCCGCAGUCGGCGUGCGGGUGGCUCUCGUGCCCGGCGCCGAACUUCGGGUGGAACGCGCCGGAGACGCCGAAGGGUUCAAAGCCCAAGGGCGGAGGCCUCAGGGCGUGA